GUUUAUGGGUAGCAUGGGUCGCAUUUUGAAACAAUAAUAAAAAGUUCUUUUUAAAAAUGUCAAAUAAAUAGAUUUAAAGCCAUGGGCAAGACAAAUUGGAAGGAGUUGUUUCCUACGAGGACGAGCGUAUUCAUAUUUAUUGCCUAUAUGUCAUUGUUCGUCGCUCAAGGUAUUUUUGUGACGGCAAGUCAGGAGAAGAAUAAUUCAUAUAAAUACGAUACAGUGACACUUGUAUUGCUUACAGAGGCUUUAAAAUUGAUCGUUUCAUGCAUUUUAUAUUGCAGAGAAAACACAGCUCAGUCACUCGUAACGAAUGUUAUCAAAGGAUCGAAUGUAUUAAUGCUAUAUUUAGUUCCAGCAGCUCUGUACUGCUUAUACAAUAAUCUCGCUUUUCAUAAUCUCUCAGUCUUUGAUCCCACAACUUACUAUUUAUUAUUACAAUUUCGAGUGGUCAUUACUGGAAUCUUAUUCCAAAUAAUCUUUAAAAAGUAUCUAACUAGUCGUCAAUGGAUUUCCUUAAUUCUACUUACAUUAGGAUGUAUGAUUAAACAAAUUAAUUUUGGUGAUCAAGAAGCUAUAAGCAAUGCAUCGGCGAACGAUAAAGAUGAGGCUAUUAUCACAAAGAAUACCGUAGGAUUUGAUCUCAGCAUAAAUGCCGUAUUUAUCCUUAUUCAAACCAUUUGUUCCUGCUUAGCGGGCGUCUAUAACGAAUAUUUAUUGAAAAACAAUGGUCAAGACAUUAAUAUUUAUAUCCAGAAUGUAUUCAUGUAUCUCGAUUCAAUUUUAUGCAACGGUUUGAUUUUAUUAGUUCAAGGAAAUAUUUUAAGUGCCUUUACCAUAGAGAAUCUCGCUGAAAUAUUUCGUCCACAUGUUUUUAUUAUUAUGAUUAAUAGUUGUGCAGUUGGAAUCAUUACAAGUUUCUUUCUCAAGUAUUUAAACUCAAUUUUAAAGACAUUUGCUAGCGCACUCGAACUUCUUUUUACGGCAGUUUUGUGCCGAAUGUUCUUCUCAAUUCCGAUUUAUAUCAACACAGUUCUAUCCAUUGCCAUAGUCUCGAUUUCUGUGUACCUUUAUUCACAAAGUCCUGUCGUUAAUUUACCAAAAAGUGAUGCGAGUUCUAAGCGUGAUUUUGAAGACAGGAGAGCACUUUUGACUGAAGAAGACGAAGAUGAUAUUCUACAGAUGCACGAAGUUAUUAUUAAAAAGUCAUAGGGUCAUUGAUUGUCACCAAAUUCAUUGAAAUUUUUUUUUUUCAUAAAAUAAUAACCAAUCUCGAGUAUGUACUAGAAUUGAUUGAAAACUAUGUAUUUGGAAAGGUAUUUAUAGCUGCUUUAUGAGAGAAUUUAGAGUAUUAGAAAUGAAACUUUUGAAGGGUUUUGACUUGUGUAUUAAAUUUGAUUUGAAACACUUCAACAGUAAAAAUCUCAUUUGUAUUGUUUUCAAAUUUGAAAAUUCAAUUUAAAACUCCACACUAUUAAUUAUCAUUUGUAU